CGUACCAGUUUUAGAGGCCGAUCAUUGGUGGUGUGCGGCAUUCUCCAUUAAUAGAGAGGAGGUUCUUGUCAUAGACUCUAUGGAGACUAAUGCAGCUGCUGAUGUUCACCACUUAACCCUCAUCAAGUUGUGUUAUGCCAUGGACCGGUUCUUCGGUAGUGUGGACAGUCGGUGGGAGGCGGGGCAAAUACUGACGUGGCCCAGGAGUUCAAUGCACAUGAAUCAACAGCCAGACACGCGAAGCUGUGGUGUGUUAAUGUUGAUUUCUAUAAAGAUGAACGCUGAUCGAUUUGUUGAAACGAUGCAGCAAAUGGGAAACAUGGUGGAGGAGCGAAAAUGGUUGCUGAGCGAGGACGUUAUGUGUGAUUUCAACGAGGCAAGGGAUAGUGUGAAAGAUAUGUUGAAGUGAUGUUGAAAGAUAGUUAACACUUAAAUUUAGGUAGCUAAUGCAAGCUUGCAUCUGACUGGUAAUUUUUUGUUUCAUAUCAACAUGUGUAUAAUGGGAAAUGGGUAUAUGCGUAUAUGGGUACAAGCUUUUGACAUAUCUCAUAUGGAACUUGUGGUUCCUCUUUUUUGUGGGUAUAUGGAACAUGUGGUAUGUAAUUCUUAUUAACUGUGAAAGCCCAUACAAUGCAUAUUAUAUGGGAGAGAUUUUGCAUACCAUAUAAUGUGGUAUAUAUUUCA